GCCAGUGUCUACUUAUAAGGAUGAUAAGUACAUUGUUUUUGAAAGUUGCCUAAGGGAGCUUUUUCAAAGCUGUCCUGUAUGCAAGAGGCAGUGUGACGUUCAGCGCCGAAAAAUGGGAACAUAUGUGUCAUUCACACAGCUCUGCCCGCACUGCAACUAUUCAAGACAGUGGCAGAGUCAGCCUGUUGUAGGAAGUACCCCCGUCGGCAACCUACACCUGUCAGCGGCAACAUAUUUCACCGGUUCAUCCUUCAUCCAACUGGAAAAGGAGGCAUGCUAGGAGUUUUCUGGAGCCAGCCAUAAUACACAAAUGGAAGACGGAUCAGCAACAUCUUUUUCAAAAGUUACAGCAUGGAGGAAAGAUUGGAGUCAGUGGAGAUAUGCGAGCUGACUCCCCAGGGCACUCAGCAAAGUAUGGGAGCUACACACUGAUGCACCUAGACAGUAACCGCAUCAUUAACCUUUAUCUUGUUCAGAGCAAUGAAGUAGGUGGUAGUUACCACAUGGAGAAGGAGGGCCUUAAACGCUGCCUGGAUCUACUGGAUUCAAACGGUUUGGUGGUGGACUACAUUGUCACCGACCGUCAUCCACAGAUCCAGAAGUAUCUGAGGGAGCGCAGCAUCACCCACUUCUAUGAUGUGUGGCACUUUGAGAAAGGUUUGUCAAAGAAACUUGAAAAAGUUGCGCAAAACACGGACUGCGGGGUGUUGAAGAAGUGGCUGCGUAGCAUCAAAAGCCAUGUCUACUGGAGUGCAACAUCGUCAACAUCAGGGCCAGAGAAGGUAGCCAAGUGGAUGUCGAUGGUCAACCACAUCCAGAACGUGCACUUGCAUGAAAACCCUCUUUUCCCUAAGUGCCAACAUCCUGAUCGAGUGUCAAGGGAUCCAAGUAAAUGGUUUCAACCAGGGUCAAUGGCGCUCUACAAAGUGGAAAAAAUCCUGGUCAAUAAGAGGGUUGUCAAAGAUGUGGAGAAGCUGAGCCACCACUACCAAACAUCAUCCCUGGAGGCUUUCCACAGUUUGAUCCUUCGCUUCACACCCAAGAAUGUGGUUUUCCCUUUCAUGGGCAUGCUUUGCAGGUUGUACCUUGCAGCCAUGCACUACAAUGAAAAUGCAGACUGCGAGCAAGCCACAACAUCUGCAGGACAACCAGUAUUCAAGGUUGUGUUUCCCAAGUCCAGGAAGGGGGAGGUGACUGCGAGGCCAGUAAAAACAGACCCUACAUACAAAUAUGUGGAAGAACUUAUGAGGCUGGUUUUCGAGGAGGUGUUUGAGGACCCAACUCCAUUUGUUGAGGUGCUGAAACUGAUCCCCAUCCCCAAGGACCUGGCAUCGGAACAUGAGAGACCCUCAAAGGAGGAAGUGGUUGCACGCCAUCUGUCCCGCUUUGCUCAAGGGACAGUCGGAACCGUACAUACUAGGCACCCGGAUCAAGAAACUGCCGGCGUAUCCGGCGUACAACGCACGACGGGAUUACCACCCUAACAGUCCUUCCCAAGUAGCCCCAGCACCAGUUCACAAAGCCAAGAUAGGCAAGGUGCCUGUAUGGACAGGAUUGGACAAUAGUGAACAUCACUCUUA